GCUGACCGCAAGAGCAGAGCUGCUGAGGUGAAGUCGAGCACAAACCGAUCUGCAAAGGCAGACAGGGAGCCCAGGGAGCAGAGGGAGCCCCGGGAGCACCGAGAGCCUCCCGCGAAAGUCGAGAAGACUCCUCCACGGGCCCCCGAACUGGCGCCCAAAGUGCCGGAGACCUUCGAGGAGAAGGUCAAAGAUGUGCCGGUCAAGCCCGAGAAGGCCGAAAGGACCGAGAAGGCCGCGCCGAAGAAGCGCGGUGGGAAGGCCUGGGCCGACAUACCGCCUGAGGGCACUCCGCCGCCCUCGCCGCAACCGGCAGAGGUGACAGUGUCAGCGAAGCCUGCAUUGCCCGAGACGACUGGCGAGCCGGAGUCAGGGAUGAUGCCCAUAAGCGAGAAGACAGCUGACGACCCCGAUGAUGGGUUUGAGUUCCUCGUCGGCAAGAAGCGGAAGCCCAAAGCGCGGGCAGCCGAGGCGCGGACGUCUCGAAGCGGCAGUGACAGUGCUGCCGAUAGUCUGGGCAGACCAGCAGCAGCUCCGGCGGCAGCGCCGCCAGCCGAAGCAACAGCGGCC